ACCCAAGGAAACAAACCUUUGUUCAGUUCAGCUCAGCAGGAGGACACUUUAUUCUCCUAAGAUGGAUUCGGACAGUGAAUCGUUUUGGGGUGGGGCGACCUUAGUAAUUUGGUUUGGAGUUAAUAUUGCUAUGGCUGUUUUAGGUGUUAUACACAUAGAUAACUGCCCCAACCAGCCAUAUGUUCCAAUUUAUAUGAUAGUGGCUGGUAUCACCGAUGCGCUGAUUUGCCUUUUAUAUCCUUUGAAGCUUUUCUUUAGAAAAGUAGUCAUUGCUGUUGAAUAUGUUCUGUUCACCUUCUCCGCAUGCUGGCUCAUCCCAGGUGGUAUCUGGAUUUUCCAAAUGCACGAAGAGUUUCCUGUUUCUUGUCACACAACAGUUUAUCUUUUUACUUUUGCAAUGGUGAUUAUUAAAUGCAUCACCCUUGGCUUUUUUGUAAUUGGGGUCAUUGUUGCCAUCUACAAGAUUUUCCAGAAUUUUGCAGAAUUAAGAAGCGCACGCAAAUCUGAAGACUUAUCAAGACAUAUGGAUGUUUAUAGUAUUACAAAUACAAAGGUGUGAAAAACUAUCGAAAAACAAUUGAAUGUAAUUUCAUUUUUAGGUUCGAUUUUUUUUCUUUGAAAACAUAAUUAAUUGAAUAAGCCAAUAGGAUAACCCAAACACAAAGAUAUAUUCUACGCUUCAAUAUGUAUUAAAAAUCACAGAUUCCUGCCUUAAAGAGUAACUCAACUUUUUUACAAUUUUCUUUUAAACGGUUCUAAAUAGCCCAAAAAUAAUUUUUGUAAUAUACUUAAUAAAUUAUGCUGUUUUCCAACUUAAAAAAGGACCCAAAGUCCUGGAAUGUACCUCUUCUUAGAAUAAUCAUUCUGGUACAGCGCUGGCUUCUCAGCUUUGUUCUGGUGUACAGAUUACUGACUGCCUUAGAGAGCUGCACAAGACAGAGCACAGAUCGCUGACCUGCCUCUUCUCCCCACAAGCUAAUUCUGGCACAGCACAUCGGUACCCUGUGCCCUGUACUGAUGUGCUCUGCCAGGAUUUAGCUGAGCGGAGCGGGCUCCUGCCUGUGCCCACUCCUCUCAGCUCAUGGCUCCUGUACCAAUGUGCUAUAUAGAGGAAUUAUGUGAGGAAGGAUGUGGGAUCGAGAAACCGGAAAAACUAAAUUUUUUCAAAAGACAAUAAUGUAUACUGAGUGCACAAAUAUGGCUCCUGGCACUGCUAAAAAACUAGUUUGGCGCUAAAAGAGUUAAUGCCUUGAAUUAUGCUAUGUGUGUGAUCCCAGGAGCUGUCUAUAGGUGGCACAGCUUAGUCAUUGUGCUCUACUCAAGUAGGAAGGCUUGUCCAUUCCCCGCUGAGGAAGUAGCUGACUAGUCUGAUCGCAUUGGCCUGGGAGUCUGGCUCUGCCUGUUGUCGAUAAUGGCUUCUGGCUGAAGCCUGUAUGAAAGAAAGAAAGGAUAUUUUGCUCCAGGAAAAAUACAAUUUCUGUGGAGUGAGAAGCUGCCAGAGCAAAGCACUUUUGGCUAGGAGUGUAAUCCUGUGGGAAAGCAGGAAAUAUAUCCACAGACUGUCUAGGACCAGGUGAGCGCAUGUGCAGGGACAGUGAAGAUUACCUUGGACUUUGCUAUAUGUGGAUAUUUUAUAGCCUCUGGCACAGCCAUAGUCAAUUUGGAAAGAUAGCAAAGUGUACUACUGCUACCAUCAUUCUUGCUGCCUAUACACAGCUGUUGGGAAAAGCAAGCUUUGUUUUAUAUCUCAGAACUGUGUCUGUUGUGCUGUCUGUACAGCCUCUCUCAUCAUCCUCCA